AUGUGUGAGGAAGGCAAAGAACUCUCCUGGUCCUGGGAAGAUAGUUUUUGCAGUGUUUGCGAAGCCGGUUACGCUUGCCCGGGCGGUUUUGAGCAAAAAUAUCGAUGUGGAGCAGGAAUGAUGCUUGAUAAAUUGAGAGUUUAUAGAGAAAGAUAUUAUCAAGCCGAAUUUCACGGAGCAGAGUGCAAACCAUGCCCAGAAGGACACUAUAAUCUUAGACAAGGAAUGACUCAAUGCUUUGAAACACCACCUGGAUACGAGGCAAGAGGCAAUGCUUCAACUAUUCCAACGUUGUGCGAAAGUGGAACAUACAAACCGUCGUAUUCUGAUGAUUUGUGCUCACCCUGCAACCCCGGUUAUAAAUGCCAUGGCGCAGGACUCACUCGCCAAACCGAUUGUCAUCCUGGCACAUAUCAGCCGGAAGCUGGCCAGAGUAUCUGUUUGCCGUGUCCUCCAGAGCAUCUCUGUCCGAAUUCUACAAUGGCUGAGGCGAUUAAAUGUCCUGCUGGUUCCUUUGCAACUGAUCCAACGGCAACAGAGUGCGGUUUAUGCGAUGUAAGAUUCACGAUUGACGAUAUGGUUACAGAAAAUGAAAUUGAACAUGGAAUUUUUCCAUGCAAAAUGAUUGUUGAUGGCUUUUUUGCUGGACUGCUUGAUGCUCCUCGUCCAUGUGCAUUUGAUGACUCAUGCUUUAUACAGCUCUUCAUCAUCCGCGAUCGAAAAAAGAAAUCGACAAAGCUUGCUUUAUGCUCUGCAGAUUAG